AUGGCCUGGUCUUAUGGACAAUUCCACGUCAAAGAUUUCGAGGAAAGCCAUGAAAAGCAAGGCCUCGAAGCUACUGCGAAGAGACGUGCACAAGAGACUCAGCAACAGAGCACAAGCUUACAAUCUAAUACUUUAGGUGACUCGAAGAAGGGUGCCAACCUCUUCAAGACGAGAUGCGCCCAGUGCCACAGUGUCAAGGAGUCUGAGGGCAACAAGAUCGGCCCCAAUCUACACGGUCUUUUCGGUCGCAAGACUGGAUCCGUCGAUGGCUUUUCAUACACAGAUGCCAACAAGCAGAAGGGUAUCACGUGGGAAGAGGGCACUCUGUUUGAGUACCUUGAAAACCCCAAGAAGUACAUCCCCGGUACCAAGAUGGCCUUCGGUGGUCUCAAGAAGGGCAAGGACAGGAAUGAUCUGAUCACCUGGUUGCGCGAAGAGACCAAGUAA